AAACCAAAAAAAAACCAGAUUUUCCCCAAAAGUGAUGAAGGAGAGUGUGAUAAACUAAUAAUUUUUGUUUAUUGGGCCUUACAGCCAUGAUGAUGUCUCUUUCGCGAAUCGCGCUCUAUCAUGGGUGUUUUUAAUCUCGUCAUACGUCACAUCGCUCGAACAUUAUUGGUCGAAAUCCGCUACCGGAUCCCUAAUGUCUGGACUCUUGGUUUUAUUUGGUGGAUGCGGUACAUCUUAUUUGUUAAAAUUGUUUAAACCACUGGAUCCAUAUCUUAUUUUCUCUUUUUUUAAUGUAAAUAAUUAAUCCACUAAAGUUUGUUGGUACAGUGUCAGUACAUGAUUGAUCGAAGGCGUUUCCUGUCUGAAAAAUUCCAUGGGAAAUCCCUAAAAAAAAAAACAUUGAAAACGACGUUGGCACACACUGUAGGACGAGUGUCUUAACUUGUUCGGAAACGUUUACUUUUAGGCAUCAACUGGAAUCAUUAAACGCUGAACAGUGUCCACCUACAACUAGAUUUUACCUAGAUGCUGUACCUUUUCAUUGAAAAAUAGAAAGAUGUUUUACGAUGAAGAUGAUCAUAGCAUUCUACAGUUUCUGGCACUUCGCCAGUCGCUUCAGCCGCAUGUAUUCCAUGAAAGAAACAAUCCAGUGAAAGAUGAUACAGGUAUGUCAAUCACAUCAAGGAAGAAAAACAAAAAACAAACUGAUGCAAUUUUAAUCAAAGUGGGUACCUCAAUGGGGCGCUUCUUUGAUAAUAAGGAACUCAGCGAUGUCAAGCUGAAGGUUGGUGAGAGAGUAUUCGAGGCACACAAGAUUGUACUGGUCUCUGCCAGUGAUGUCUUUGAGACCAUGCUGAUGAAAGGUGACUGGCAGGAAGCAAGUCAGCAAGAGAUAGAACUGCAAGAAGAUAACAGUGAUGUCUUCGCUCUUGUCCUGAAGUUCCUUUACACAGGAAAAAUCCGUCUUCACAUUGAGAACCUAAUGUCCAUAUACACGAUUGCUGAUAAGUACAACCUUAAAGGUCUGAAGCUAGGUCUCUGUAAAUUUCUUCAUAAAUUUGUAUCACAGCGGCAACAACAAGGGAAACUAACAGCACCAGAAGCUAUCGCGGUCUGCAAUGCCUUUGAAGCUGACACUUUGAUGCAUCCUGGCUUAAAAUGCAUUAUUCAGUGGAUUGGUUCCAAUUUCGCCAGUUUCAUUAAGAGUAGUGAGUGGCAGAAGUUGCCAAGGAGAACCAUUGUGAUGCUUCUCCAGAAAGAUGAAAUUGGGGACAACGAGCAAAAGAUAUUUGCAGCAGCCAAGAAAUGGUUGGAGUUCGAUAGCACUCGAACUCAAACACCAGAACUGAUCUAUGAAAUCCUACAGCAUAUCCGUUUAACACAUAUCUCUGCAAGGGAGUUGUAUGCCAUCGAAAAUGACCCUAUUGUGGUGAGGUGCCCCCAGAUGAUAAAACUUGUUUCUGAAACCAUUCGACGAAAGUUUUAUGAUGGUGUGCCGAACUUCAUAGGUGAAAGUGUGAAACCAAGGUGGCUGAAGCGGCGAGAUCGCUCUUACAAUACGUCAACAACAGCUCAUGCAGUGAGAUCCUCUUUUGACAUUGAUGAUUAUUAUGAUGACUAUGAUGACGGCGAUGUCUAUGACUGGUCUUCUUCAGAUGGUUACUAAAUGCAAGCAGUUUUCUUCUAUUGGAUUCUCCAAUAGUACGUAUACGAUUUAGGGUGUAAACUCCUUACAAAAUUCCUUCCACCUCUAUUGUUCAUAAGACAACCCGAUAUAUAUCUACAUUAUAUCAUAUGACUUACCUUUAUUGAUUUUUUUGUCCACAAAUUUAAAUUAUGAUUGUGAAUAUUGCUCCAUAUGAUAUCUUAACUGCAAUCAUAAAAUAUCUGUUAUUUGAUAAUUGUAUACACCCCAGCAAACAGAAAAAAAAAUGUAUAUAUAUAUAUAUAGAUAUAUAUAUGUAUAUAUAAGUGUGUAUAUGUAUGUUUAAUUUCAAAAUACCUGUUAGUUAUGCAGGCCGUAUCCGG